AUGGCUACAAAAUUAAGAACACCAGAUCAGAUUUCAUUCUACGCACGUUCACUUUACCGUCGAUUAUGGAGAGCAGGUGAAGCUUCGGUUCUAUAUUCUCGUCCAGCGGUUAAAUAUGUACAUCAAAGAAUUCGUGAAGGAUUUGAAGAGUAUCGACAUGAAGUUGAUAAAAGAAUUUUAAAUGACCUUUUUGAACGUGCUGAGAAUACAAUAGAAUUUUUAAAAACUUCAAGUCGCAGAAAAGGACUUGAACAUAGAGUUAUAUAUACUUUAUGCCAAAUGACAUAUAUCGAAAAUGAAUAUAAAAAAAGACCUCCAUACCAUAGUAAAAGAUUAAAGCCAGCUUUAUGGAUAUAUCAUCAACAAAGUUAUGAUGAAUAUUAUAGAACUUUAACAAUGAUGAAUGACAGUUUGAAAUUAUGUUUAAGAUAA